UUUAGUAAUGAUUACAUAACCUAAAUAUAAGUUGAAGUUUUAUUGAAUUCUAUUAUACUUAAUAAUUAGUCAAACUUGAAACAUAAGCAAUGUCGUCCGAAAAUAAUCGGCCGGCGGAAUGCAUUGAAGAUGAGUGGUUGAUUCGAAAUUGUCAAGUUUAUGAUGAAGAAUAUAGUGACUGCACUUCUAUCAAAGCCAGAUUUCAUCAGUAUUUUAUUUUUGGCCACAUGAUAAACUGUUCACAAUGGAAACGAGAUUCAAUUAAUUGCUACAAAUGGACUGAAAAGAAAGACGUCAAUGCUGGGAAAGAACUUAUCGAAUCAGAGAAAGAGAAAAGAAAAGAUAGACUUCUAAAUCAUGUAAGGAACAAUAUAUGGAAAAGAAGGAAAGAACCGCCAGAAAAUUGGAAUUGCCCUCUGCCUGAAUAUUUGCAGAAAGAAUAUGAAAAUUCAUAUCUUAAUGUAAAAUCAAAAGAAAUUAAAGGUGAAUUGCCACCUUCCAUGGAUCUAAAUACAGGAUCAUGUACAAUUUUAUGAGCUGGUGAUCCAAUAGGUUUUUAGUUAAUAAAAAUGCCAGAUUUUUUUAA